AUGUGGCGGGUAGUGGUAGCAAGAUCAGACGACAAUAGUACCUUGUUGUCAUCAGAAAUUUCCACAAGUUCUGUUGGACCUAGUCACUUAUCGGGCUUAUCAGCGCCUCCUGCCAGUCAUCAUUACUAUCCAGGUUAUCCACCACCGCCACCACCACCGCCUCAUCAUCCACCUUAUCAACACCAACAUGACAUGCGUCAUGACAUGCGACCCGAUCCUCAUCUCAGACCGGAAUUGAGACAUCAAGAGAUGCAGAGACCUGACUUAAGACAUCCAGAUAUGCACAGACAGGAUAUGAGAACUGAUUCUAUGAGACCUGAAAUGAGACAUGACAUGACGCAACAUCAAGAUAUGAGUACUAUGAGACAGUCUCAUGAGCUUACAGAGCUUAGGCCUAGUCAUGAACUACCCGAGUUGAAAAUUGAUGGACCAGAGUUGAGAAGUAGAGAUUCUCAACAGGCUCAAACACAUCCACAACGAAAUUUGAAAAGAACUUUGAGUGAUUCUGAUUGCGAUGACGUUUUUUCAGAAGAAAGUGGUAAAGAUCCAUGUAAUUCUCCUGGUGGUGAUUCAUGCCAACAUGCAUCUCGCAAACGGCGCCGAGGAAUGAUAGAAAAAAAACGAAGAGAUAGAAUCAAUGCAUCUCUUGGUGAACUUCGGAGAUUAGUGCCAGCAGCGGCAAGAGAUCCGCACUCUGGUAAAUUAGAGAAGGCGGAGAUUCUUCAACUAACCGUAGAACACCUGAGGACUCUUAGGAAUAAAGGACCUGAAGGUUACGACAGCACAAAAUUGGCAAUGGAUUAUCAUGCAGUUGGAUGGGGUGAAUGUGCAGCAGAAGUGGGUCGUUAUUUGGUAACAAUGGAGGGUCUUGACGAACGAGAUCCAUUGAGGCUACGUUUGUUAUCACAUCUUCAAAGUUUCCACCGAGAACAUCCACCAAGUAAUACGUCAGCACUCCCACCACCAACUUCCCUCAGUUCUACAUCAACUGGACCAAGUUAUGAAGUACCAAUGACAAGUGGAAUGCCUCCAGGUGGUGGUGGUGGUGUACCUCCACCACUACUUGGAGGUGGUACUCUGGGAUGGGGACAGUAUCCUGGUCAAUAUCCCCAACAACAACAUGGAAAACCUUAUAGACCAUGGGGUGCGGAAUUAGCUUAUUAAUAAUAACUUCAUUUCCGGCUUAAAUUAAAGUGUAAAUUAAAAUGAAAAAUGUUUAUUUACUAAUUUUAGUAGCUCUCGACAAUUUCAUGUCAAUUUCAAGUCUUGUAAAUAUUGUUAGGAACUUCAAUUAUUCUCUUGA